AUGGAUAACCGAAAUCAUGAAGAAGUUAAAAGCGACGACGGUUUGAUAAAUUUGCCUCCCGGUUUUCGAUUCCAUCCGACCGACGAAGAGCUGAUCACUCAGUAUUUGUCGAAGAAAGUUGUCGAUAGUCGUUUUACUUGUGUUGCUAUCGGGGAGGUGGAUAUGAACAAAGUUGAACCAUGGGAAUUGCCAUGGAGAGCAAAACUUGGGGAGAAGGAGUGGUAUUUUUUUUGUAUAAGGGACAAAAAAUACCCGACCGGGCAGCGAACGAACCGAGCCACGGCGGAAGGGUACUGGAAAGCCACCGGAAAAGACAAAGAGAUUUUCCGGGGAAAAUCGCUCGUCGGAAUGAAGAAAACCCUAGUCUUCUACAAAGGCAGAGCUCCCAAAGGUGAGAAAUCCAAUUGGGUUUCUCAUGAAUACAGAUUGGAAGGCAAUUUCUCCAUUCUUAACCUCCCCAAAUCAUCCAAGAGCGAUUGGGUGAUUAGCAGAGUGUUUCAGAAGGCAAUUGGUGGGAAGAAAGUGCACAUAUCAGGGCUGAUGAAUAACAAUCAAUUAUUCGAUAAUUCUUCGACACUUCCGCCAUUGAUGGAUCCAGCAGUGAGGCCCGGCGGCGGCGAGCCGCCGGGCCUCGUGCACUGCUUCUCCGCCGCAGUCGGCGGAGAAGCAGCGCACGAGAAUUUCAUGGCGGAUAUACUCAACAACCCGAUUUUCCCAUCUUCUUGUUCUUCCAAUCCGAUGGAUUCGUUUCAGACAUUUCCCAGCUGGGCCCAGUACCAGUACCCGGUUCAGCCCGGGUUGCAGUAUCCGGGUUCGGGUUCGGAUCCGAGGACCCGGUUUGCCAAUUAUUCAGAAGAGAGUCCAAUGGGAACUGAGAAUAAGGUAUCUGGAGAAGAUGAAGAAGAUGCUGAUGCAAUUGGGCCACAGGAUUUGGACUCUAUGUGGCGGUAUUAAGAAUUUUUUAUUUAUUUAUUUUAUAUAUAUUUAUUAUUAUUAAACAAAAAAAAAAAAAGAAGAAAAAAAAUUAAUGAUAGAAAAUUUUAAGGAGGUAGAAAAUUAUAGAGCUACAAUUUUUUUUCUUUUUUUUUUAAUAGUGUGUCAUGAGGACAAUGAUUGUGUGUGCAUAGAAUUUCUUAAAAGAUUUAUGGUUUGAGGAUAUGACAUGAAAAGUUACUUGUAUCA